AUUAAUUCCGUGACAUACACUUGCGUGACAGUGUCCCGAAUUACGGAACGCAUCAGCGGUAGAAAACUACUGAAGCAUGCGUAGCCGUCCACGUUGUGCAAAACAACAUGGCGGGCAGUUCGAAUGUAAAAGAACUCCAAAUAGACAUUCAAACUCGGUCUAUAUCUCCAAAUGGCGAUAGUUCUGGAAGCACAGAGAGCAUUGAAGAGCGGCCACACUUAACCCCUUCAUCUCCCAUGAAACCAAAGUCCAGCAAUGUAAUGGUCUUUCGAAGAAGCAAUAAAACUGUCUACACUGCUGGUCGUCCUCCAUGGUAUAACUCCCAAGGGCAGCUAAAGGAAGCAUUUGUCAUUGGACUUUGUGGAGGGAGUGCCUCGGGAAAGACAACAGUGGCAACAAACAUUAUAGAAGAGCUUGGAGUACCAUGGGUGAACAUGUUAUCGCUAGAUUCCUUUUACAAGGUCUUAACCAAAGAACAACAUGAACAAGCAAACAAUAAUGAAUAUAAUUUUGACCAUCCCGAUGCUUUUGACGCUACUCUUGCUUGUAAAGUUUUAAGAAGAUUAAAGAAAGGAAAAAGUGUGCAGAUUCCAGUUUAUGACUUUAAAAAUCACAGCCGAUCUACAGAAAGGAAAGAUUUAUAUGGAGCCAAUGUGAUUAUCUUUGAGGGGAUCAUGACAUUUGCCUACAAGGAGCUUAGAGAUUUAAUGGACUUGAAGGUGUUUGUUGACACAGAUCCUGACAUAAGACUAGCCAGAAGGUUAAAAAGGGAUAUAACAGAGAGGGGAAGAGAAUUAUCUGGAGUGUUACAUCAAUAUAACGCAUUUGUGAAGCCUUCAUUUGAUAAAUACAUAGCACCAACAGUCAACUAUGCAGAUAUUGUCGUCCCUCGAGGUGGAGAAAAUGAUGUAGCAAUCGACCUGAUAGUAAGGCAUGUCAAAACGCAGCUUGAACAGAGGGGUUUCAACUUCAGAUCCAGUUUAAUAUCAGCUCAUCAUGGCCAACCAUUACCGAAAAGCUUAAGCCUUGUCGAAAAUACACCCCAAGUACGAGGCCUACACACAAUAAUAAGAGACGAGAUGACAAGUCGAGAUGAUUUUAUAUUUUAUUCCAAAAGACUUAUGAGGAUCCUCAUUGAACAUGCCUUGUCGCUUCUUCCAUUUAAGCCACUAACUGUAACCACACCGGCCGGGAAUUCUUACGAUGGUAAAAAAUUCGCUGGCAAAAGGUUGUGCGGCGUCUCGAUACUGCGUGCUGGAGAAACACUAGAACCUGCUUUGGAGUCUGUCUGUAAGGAAAUUCGUAUUGGGAAAAUACUGAUCCAAACCAACGAUGAAACCGACGAACCAGAGCUUCAUUACCUUAGACUACCGCAAGAUAUCAGUGAAGAUCACGUGAUCCUGAUGGAUGCUACCAUAGCAACAGGUGCUGCAGCUCUUAUGGCCAUACGAGUUCUCUUGGAUCACGAAGUCAAGGAAGAAAACAUCCUUUUUGUUACACUCAUCGCUGCUGAAUCAGGAGUCCACACGAUUGCAUACGCCUACCCGAAGGUUAAAAUAGUAACGACAGCAGUUGAUCCAACGAUAAACUCACUCUACCACAUCAUUCCUGGAAUUGGAAACUUUGGUGAUCGGUAUUUUGGAACAGAAUACAAUUAACCUCAUACACUAAACUAAAAGAAAAUAUUAUAUUAUUGUUACCCGACAUGCAUCUUGCGUUCAUGUCAUGUGAUACAUGACGUCAUGACUGAUACCACGUGAACAUUCUUGGUUCAAAUUUAUCAGUGUUUGGUUUACUGUCAAGAAGUUGCCAUGAAGUGAUGCACAUUGAGAGGUGACUUGUAAAAGCGUAAAAUUAUCACAGCGAUAUAAACCCUAAACAUACAUUUACUGAUGACAUGCAGUCGUUAUCUCUGCUGGAUUACCCUAGGUCUCGCCUAAACCAACUCGAAGCAAACUAGAACCUCUGGAGUCCAAGGUACUGAUAAGAGGAACCAAAAACACUCUGCUAAAACACAGCUCUACCUACUACCAAAACCUCCACCCCCCCCCCCUUGUUACUCAGUGGUUGCGUGUGUGGUUUGGUUGAUAUGUUUCCUGUGUCUUCAGAUCAUUUCAGGGAAGACAAAUCUCUAUCAAACAACAUUGAUCAGUGGGAGCGUAAUAUUGUCUUCUGUGCAUGUAUGGAAAAGUCGGUUGCUUAGUAACUAAGAAAAAAAUCGAACAUAAUACAAGACCUUAAAGAAAAACUUAUUUUUUACGGUAUGAAAUUUAUUUUACAUUAAGUUUUUACAGUUAGCUAAUAACAUUACAGUAUCUUUCGUAAAGACUCGAAUAUUUAUAAAAAAUAACAUUAUUUUCUUUAAAACAAAUUGUCAAAUUUAUAUAAAUAACAUAAUAAUCAAGGUCUGAAUCUCAUAAAGUUUACUUUGGAAAUGAUAUUAAAAGAACAUUAAACUUUA